AUGGCUGAAGCUGCACUCAGUUGUGUUAGUGUAAUCUUGAAUAAGAUACUUCCACUUACUGCCGACGAGAUCAGCCGGGCAUGGGGUGUAAAGAAAGACCUUCAGAAGCUCUCCAAGAAAGUAGAGAUGAUGGAAGCUUUGAUUUCUGAUGCUAAAUGCAAACAAUCAACAAGCAAAGCGGUGCAACUCUGGCUCAAAAGGCUCCAGUCCAUAGCACGUGAUGCUGAGAUCGUGUUGGAUGACUUCGGAUAUGAAGUUCUGCGGCACAAGGUUGAGAAUCGGAAGCGCGACAAGGUACGCAACUUCUUUUCUUCCUCAAAUCCAAUUUCCUUUCGUCUAGAGAUGGCUAACAAGAUCAAGAAUGUUAGCGCAUCUCUAGAGGAAGCUUACAGAGAAGCAAAUCAAAUAGGGCUUCAUCCAGUUCAGCUAACCAUGGCAUCUGCUGAUCACAAAGAGGAUCGUUUGACUGUUCCUUUUGUGGACGAGUCAGAAAUGGUGGGAAGGGAAGUUGAGGUAUCUCGAGUUGUAAGCAUGCUAAUUAGCUCAGACUAUAAGAAGAAAUUGCCUGUCAUCUCAAUAGUUGGGAUGGGUGGCCAGGGUAAAACAACCCUUGCACAGCUGGUGCUAAAAAAUGAGAAUGUAACAAAGCAUUUUGAUAAAAAAAUAUGGGUUUGCGUGUCUGAUUAUUUCAAAGUGGAAAGGCUGUUGAAUGAGAUGAUACAAUCCCUCAGGGAAAAGAAUGUUGAGACGACGAACAAGGAAGCAUUGGUGACGAAGCUUCAAGAAAAUCUGAAUGGAAAAAGUUACUUGCUCGUGCUUGAUGAUGUUUGGAAUGACGAUCCACUGAAAUGGGAUGGCAUGAGGAGCUGUUUGCUCGAAAUAGGAGGAGGUGCUCCAUGA